CGGUGGUGGUUUUCUCCAGAGCGUGUCCGGGCGCCUUUUAGGGUAGCUUGAUUCGUUAGGUGGCGAGGGUUGGCUGGGAAACUGCGUUAAGGAAAGACCGCGAGUCUUCCCGCGUUCAUGCACGUUUGUUCUAUGACGAGGGCUUUCCUGAGCGCCCUGCUGCUGCUAUUGCUGUUCUUGGCCCAAGGGAGUGUUUCGACGAGCCCCAAGGGUGACUGGUGCUGGGUCUGGCAAUAUGGGGGGCCUGCGCCGCUGGAAACUUUCCAGUGCCCGGAGAGGGAUGACCACGCGGACGCCACGUACUGCUGCGGGACCUGCAAUAGGCCCGUCUGCUGCUCGUCUGAGAAGGCCCGCCUGGACCAGCGACUGUGCCGUAGCAGCAGCCCACCUAAAGCGCCGCUUCCUUCUCCGAUUACUGUGCAAUUCCUGCAUGACUUUGUCUGGUCUUGCUUUGGAGUGAUCCUCUUUGUGGUCUUCUGUGCUGCCGUCCAGUGGUUCUACUACCGCUUCUGGCGCUGCCUGAAAUCCUGCAAAGAGGAGCCUCAGCACACUGAGCUGGAAGACCUCGACUCUUCCUCCUGCACUGACCCUCCUCCCCCCUACAGUAAUAUGGGCAGAGCUUUGCCGUGGAUCUCUGCUGUGGACCCUGGAGGCCCCUGGAUCUUGCCCCCUGUGUCGGAGGACGUUCCUCUCGUGCAGUUCUUCCGUGGGAGUUCUGGAGUCCUUGGGGACAGGGUGAUCUUCGCAGCUCCCUCGGCUCUCCCGGUCGUACCAGUUUCUGCGUGUCCCUUGGAGGACCCCCCGGACACGGUUCCUCAAUCGAGCUAGUAACAGAGUUGGAGAUCUACCCCUAAUGACGAGGCUACGUUUGCCAAAGCAGUGCCCCAUUCUGUAUAAAUCAUAGCUUGCUUUUAGGAUUGGGGGGAGGGAACCCGAACUGUAGACAGUGAUUUUUAAUUAUAUUAACUAGACUAACUUUUUAAAAAAUGUGCUGCUCCCUCAUCCAAUGCUUCCCCCCUUUUUCUUUUUUUGCAAACAAGAAACUGGCAUGUUAUGAGGACUCCUGUGUGGGUGUUAUAAGGAUUAGUGUAGAUGUGUCUGCAUAUGUUGGACCCCUCCCAACCCCCCAAUCAACGUAGCUUUCUUGGAGACAAAAGCACCACUCCACCCUCUGAACGGUUAUAUUGUCUGCCUUAAUGGUGGAACUGAGUUGAAAAGAAAAGGGUCUCUGGAGACAAGUUGGCUGCAUUUGUCAUUUUAUACCAUUUAUUGCUUACCAGGGAUUGCAUGAUAAACCAUUAGAUGUGUUGUCUUUUUAAGGACAAAUAUGCAGUCAAUGCAGACGUCUUUUAAAACGACACAUGAACGGUUUUUGCAAAACUCUGAGCUAGAUGGCUAUGUCUCUAAAGUAAAGCUGUAUCUGUACAUGUGGGAUGACUGUGUGGUUGUCUGAAGCUUUGGUAGGGAGAGUGGAAAACAUUCAUUAAGAUAUGGCCAGAGUCAUUGCAUGCAUAGCCAUAAAAUCUCUCCUCUAGACCGAGUUGGGUCUUGGGUCUAGAAGACCCCUGAACAGGCAAAGUGUAUAGGAUGUUUCUGAAGCAAACUCUGCAAACAUUUGCCAGGGAAGACUUGACAAAGUUUUAUUGAGCUGCUAUUGUGUUGGGGUAUGCCUUGAAAUCUUUACGCCUGGGGUGGGGUUACUGAAGAAUGUUUAUUUGUGUGACUAUUCCUUCUUGAGACUUUUCUACAUCAGCUUUCCCCAACUAGGUGCCCUCUAGUUCUUUAUCUUCUGGAUGGGAGUUGUAGUCCAAAACAACUAGAGGGCACCAAGUUGGGGAAAGCUGGCUUAUGUAAUUUAUACAAGCCAGGGGCAUGUUUGCAUAGCUACUAUGGGGACAAUGGGAUGCCAAGGCUUUUUUUAAAAAAAAAACUUACGAGUUGUAUAACUUUUUCAGUGUAUUUGACCCAGAAGAGGCAAAACCUGGCAAGCAGGAAUGUGUGCCUCCUGAAUUAAUUGCUUCUGGAAUGUAAGAAGCCCUUUUUUAGCAUGCACUUGUCAAAUUAAUGCUUGUAAACUUGUGUACCAAAUCAUCAAUAAAAGUGUGUGUAGUAUUUUGA